AUCUGUUUCAGACGAUUACACUCACACACUGCCAGUGGGAUUCACCUGCCUUCCUGUUCCUUUACUGUUAGUUUAAUGACGUAUAUUCUGCCAAGUGGGAGGGUUUACCAAGUUUCAGUCUAGUGAACACUGAGAAGACAACUAUGGUGUGUUUAAAGCUACACUGCUACUAGCCACUGGUAUAUUUUUGAAACUUGGAAAGUUUCUCUCUUCAGGCUGAGACACAGGAGCUACAGAAUGAUGCGAUUUAUGUUGUUGUUCAGCCGACAAGGGAAACUGAGACUACAAAAGUGGUACACACCUGUGUCUGAUAAGGAGAAGAAAAAGAUCACUCGUGAGAUGGUUCAAAUUGUAUUGGCCCGACAACCUAAAACAUGCAAUUUUAUUGACUGGAAGGAUCUAAAAAUUGUUUACAAGAGGUAUGCAAGCCUAUUCUUUUGCUGUGCAGUAGAACAAGAAGACAACGAGCUACUCACUUUGGAACUUGUACAUCGCUACGUAGAGCUACUGGACAAGUAUUUUGGCAAUGUUUGUGAACUGGAUAUUAUUUUUAAUUUUGAAAAGGCUUACUUUAUGUUGGAUGAGUUUCUAAUUGGUGGAGAAAUUCAGGAAACCUCAAAGCAAUCAGUAGCAAAAGCCAUGGAGGAAUCCGAUAUGUUACAAGAGACAAUGGAAGAAUACAUGAGCAAGCCUACCUUUUAAUGCUGACUGGAACUAUAA